AAAGGCCCAAACCGGUCUUUCUAUUUCCAUCGACGCAAACACAUUCCUCCCCUGCAGCAACCAAAAAUGGAUUCCGGGAGCGGCGCGUCGCUGCCUUCCUCAUGCCCCGACGCGCGGAAGCGGCGCGUGUCCUACUUCUACGAGCCAACAAUCGGCGACUACUACUACGGCCAAGGCCACCCAAUGAAGCCCCACCGAAUCCGCAUGGCUCACAAUCUGAUUGUCCACUACUCCCUCCAUCGCCGAAUGGAGAUCAGCCGCCCCUUCCCCGCUGGCCCCGAGGACAUCCGCCGCUUUCAUUCGCCGGAAUAUGUUGAGUUCCUCUCCACCGUCUCUCCUGACACGCUUCAUGAUCACACCCACUCGCGUCACCUCAAGCGCUUCAAUGUCGGAGAGGAUUGCCCCGUCUUCGACGGUUUGUUCAGUUUCUGCCAGGCCUCUGCCGGCGGCUCUAUCGGCGCCGCCGUCAAGCUCAACCGACAGGAUGCAGAUAUUGCGAUUAAUUGGGCCGGCGGCCUGCAUCAUGCUAAGAAGAGCGAGGCUUCGGGGUUUUGCUAUGUUAACGACAUUGUGCUGGGGAUUCUCGAGCUGCUUAAAGUUCAUAGGCGUGUGCUGUACAUAGACAUCGAUGUCCACCAUGGAGAUGGUGUUGAGGAGGCAUUUUUUGUCACUGACCGAGUGAUGACAGUCUCCUUCCAUAAAUUUGGUGAUUUUUUCCCGGGAACUGGUCAUAUCAAAGACAUUGGGGCAUCUGUGGGAAAGUAUUAUGCUCUUAAUGUCCCACUGAACGAUGGAUUGACUGAUGACAACUUCCAUAGUUUAUUUCGGCCCAUUAUCCAGAAAGUCAUGGAGGUCUAUCAGCCAGAUGCUGUUAUUCUUCAAUGCGGGGCAGAUUCAUUGGCUGGUGAUCGUUUAGGAUGCUUUAAUUUGUCUGUUAAAGGCCAUGCAGACUGCCUUCGAUUUUUGAGGUCAUAUAAUGUUCCUCUUAUGGUUUUGGGUGGUGGCGGUUAUACAAUUCGAAAUGUUGCCCGUUGCUGGUGCUAUGAGACUGCAGUGGCAGUUGAUGUGGAACCAGAUAAUAAGUUGCCGUACAAUGACUACUAUGAGUAUUUUGGCCCUGAUUAUACUCUUCAUGUAGAAACAGCCCUUAUGGAAAAUCUGAAUACAGAAAGAGAUUUGGAGAAAAUCAGAAACAUGCUACUUGAUCAACUUUCUAAACUACAGCAUGUUCCAAGUGUCCCAUUUCAAACAAUGCCUCCAACCACAGAAGUUCCUGAAGAGAGAGAAGAAGAUAUGGAAGUUAGACCCAAUCCCCGGAUAUGGAAUGGUGAGGAGGAUUAUGAAUCAGAUAACGACGAAAAUGUUAAGCCUGCGCGGCGAAGCUUGAACAAUGACACCACAUACAGAACGAGCAAUGAUCUGAGGGAUAGUUACAACACAGUCAAAGAGGAAGACAUGACCGAUGCACAACAUGACAGAUGAUAUUUCUCAUCGAUAAUUGCUGGUUCUAGGCAGAGUUGACUGUUUGGUUGCUUCUUUGGCCACACUUACUUUCAUGGAGUUCUGAUCAAAAUACAGUUUAUGGAGAGAAAAUCUUGAAUGGUGCUCGAAAACAAAAUAUAGCAUUUGUUGCAUUUUUUGUAUUGUCUUCUUCGCCGUAUUGCCUGCAGCUUUUCUCUAGAGAAAUUCAGAUAAUCUAAUACAAAGUGUUGGUUGUACACAGUGGCUGUUGGAUUGUUUUACCUUUAUGUGAUUGUCCAUGACAUCAAAUG